AUGGAACACUUAGGGUACAAAUCGUACGUGAAAAUCAUCGGCUCCGGUGCCUUCUACGACUUCGACUUCGGCGUCGACUUGGGCUCCUUCGGCGACGACUUGGACUUCUUCGUCGACUUGGACUUCUUCGUCGACUUGGACUUCUUCGUCGACUUGGACUUCUUCGUCGACUUGGACUUCUUCGUCGACUUGGGCUCCUUUGGCGACUUGGGCUCCUUCGACGACUAG